UAAGGCGCAGCGGCGCGCGGGCUACGCCUGUCAUUGCCGGGGGUUUGUUCCUGAGGAGAAGCCGGCGCCAUGGCGGUUCUCCUGGAGACCACUCUGGGCGACGUGGUUAUCGACUUGUACACCGAGGAGCGGCCGCGCGCAUGCUUGAAUUUUCUGAAGUUGUGCAAAAUAAAAUAUUACAAUUAUUGCCUUAUUCACAAUGUACAGAGGGAUUUUAUCAUACAAACAGGAGAUCCUACAGGGACUGGCCGUGGAGGAGAGUCUAUAUUUGGACAACUGUAUGGUGAUCAAGCAAACUUUUUUGAGGCAGAAAAAGUGCCAAGGAUAAAGCACAAGAAGAAGGGCACUGUGUCCAUGGUGAACAAUGGCAGUGAUCAACAUGGAUCUCAGUUUCUUAUUACUACAGGAGAAAAUCUAGAUUACCUUGAUGGUGUUCAUACAGUGUUUGGUGAAGUGACAGAAGGCAUGGACAUAGUUAAGAAAAUCAAUGAGACUUUUGUUGACAAGGAUUUUGUACCAUAUCAAGAUAUCAGGAUAAAUCAUACAGUGAUUUUAGAUGAUCCGUUUGAUGACCCUCCUGAUUUAUUAAUUCCUGACCGAUCACCAGAACCUACAAGGGAACAAUUAGAUAGUGGUCGAAUAGGAGCAGAUGAAGAAAUUGAUGACUUCAAAGGAAGAUCAGCUGAAGAAGUAGAAGAAAUAAAGGCAGAAAAAGAGGCUAAAACUCAAGCUAUUCUUCUAGAGAUGGUGGGAGACUUACCUGAUGCCGAUAUUAAACCUCCAGAAAAUGUUUUAUUUGUGUGUAAAUUGAAUCCAGUGACCACAGAUGAGGACCUGGAGAUAAUAUUCUCAAGAUUUGGGCCAAUAAGAAGUUGUGAAGUUAUCCGAGAUUGGAAAACAGGAGAAUCCCUCUGUUAUGCUUUUAUUGAAUUUGAAAAGGAAGAAGACUGUGAGAAAGCAUUCUUCAAAAUGGAUAAUGUACUUAUAGACGACAGGAGAAUACAUGUGGAUUUUAGCCAGUCUGUGGCAAAGGUUAAAUGGAAAGGGAAAGGUGGGAAAUAUACCAAGAGUGAUUUCAAGGAGUAUGAAAAGGAACAAGAUAAACCAUCCAAUCUGGUUUUGAAAGAAAAAGUAAAGCCCAAGCAGGAUGCAAAAUAUGAUCUUAUACUAGAUGAGCAGGCAGAAGACUCAAAGUCAAGUCACUCACACACCAGUAAAAAACACAAAAAGAAAACCCGUCACUGCUCUGAAGAAAAGGAAGAUGAAGAAUAUAUGCCAAUCAAAAAUCCUAAUCAGGAUAUCUACAGGGAAAUGGGCUUUGGCCAUUAUGAAGAUGAAGAAAGCUGUUGGGAGAAACAGAAAAGUGAAAAGAGAGACCGACGUCAGAACCGCAGUCGUAGCCGAUCUCGAGAAAGGGAUGGUCACUAUAGCAACAGCCACAAACCCAAGUACCAGACAGAUCCUUAUGAAAGGGAAAGGAGUAGAAAGAGAGACCGAAGCAGAAGUCCAAAAAAAUCCAAAGACAAAGAAAGAUCUAAGUACAGAUGAGGGGAAGAAGAGGAAGUGAGUGGCUAGCAGGUCUCCUCCUGCCUGGUUUGGAGCUCUCGAAGAUGCUCAGAGUUCCUGCUGGCACAGCUAACUCUGCCUGCCUCCAUGUUGAUGGGCAGCCCUCCAGGUUAACACUGAGGGUGUGGGGCACUGGAAGAGAGUGGGCAUUUUCUGUGUAUACUUUUUAUACAAAUUUUAUUGUGCAUACAUGUUAUUGUUCAUAUUUAACAUCUUUCAUAUUUUCAGCCUUUUUUAAAUGAAGCAUUUCAUACCAUAGAAGUCCAUAGAGUUGUAUAUAAUACAUAAAACAUAGUAAAUUGUAUACCCGGCCGCAGUGUAAGAGUGUCACCUGCUAUGGAAGUUUCAUGUCCUUUCUUCCUCCAGAUUUUAUCAUUCUGAGUUGUGUUUACCUUGCUGUUAAUUUCAUAUGGUUUGGAAUUUUAUAAAAAUGACACAAUAGGGGCUGGAGAGAUGGCUCAGAGGUUAAGAGCAUUGUCUGCUCUUCCAAAGGUCCUGAGUUCAAUUCCCAGCAACCACAUGGUGGCUCACAGCCAUCUGUAAUGGGGUCUGGUGCCCUCUUCUGGCCUGCAGGCAGACACACAGACAGAAUAUUGUAUAUAUAAUAAAUAAAUAUUUAAAAAAAUGACACAAUAUAUGUUUACUUCUGUGACUUUUCUUAAGAGUUGAUUCAUUUUUAUUGUUACAUAGUUGUAAUGGAUAUGGGCCAGCUGAUCUGUUGAUGGGCCUUUGUUGCUUCGUUGCUGUACAUAGUCUUGACCACCAAUAGAAGAGGCUUAGUUAUGUAAGAAGUUAGCUUCCUGGCUAGAAAGAUGGCUCAGCUUGCCCUGUGCUUGCUUCACAAGCAUAGGACUGAGUUCUGAUCCUCAGGACCACAUAACCAGGCUGACAGUGUGUGCUUCUGUCCCAGCACUGGAGAGGCAGGAGCAGGUGAAGCUCCAGGGCUAGUGAGAAACCUUGUCUCAAAAACUGUGAUGGAGAGUGAUUGAGGAAAAUACCUGACUGACCUCUCGCCUCCACGUACAUGCACACACAAUUGUGCAUGCAUAUACACCGAGAUGAAGAAACAGAGCCAUCCUGGGUAGACAGCUGUAAGUGUUGCUCACACAGAUGACUCUAAAGUGUGGUCUGGAAGAAUGAGCAAGAGAUGAGCUGGAAACAGUGAGAAUUCACCUCCUGACAGCUGAGACUUGAUUUAAUAGCUCUGGAAUAUUGAAAUGGUAAAAAUUUAUACACAAGCGUUUCAGGGUAAAAUGUCCUUUGUUGCAAAUUUUGAGAAGCUGUUUUAUUUCCCUACACAUCUGGCAGUAAUGUUAUGUACUUAUGGAGGUGUAGUGUGUGUUAUGUGUUCAUAUCUGGGAUGAGUAAAUUUAUUUACAAGCAUCAGCUCACUUUUUUUUCUUCUGGUCAGAGUCUGCCCUCGGGGAUUUUGAAAUGUAUUCCAUUAUUAUUAGCUGUAGCUUGCACUCUCUGCAGUACUUCUCAGACAUUUCUUCCUUUCGUCUAGUAGAAAACAUACAGCCUUUGACCCACAUCUCCUCCAUCCCUUGUCUUAGUGUUCUGUUACUGUGAAGAGACACCAUGACCACAGCAACUCUUAUAAAGGAAGGCAUUUAAUUGGGGCUGGCUAACAGUUGAGGUUUAGUUCAUCAUUGCCGUGAUGGGAAGCAUGGCGGCAUGGAGGGAGACUGGAGGGAGACGUGCUGGAGAAGGAACCGAGAGUUCUACAUCUGAAUCAGCAGGCAGCAGGAAGAGAGUGCCACACUUCAUCUGAGACCUUAAAGCCCGCCCCCAGUGUCAUACUCCUGUCACUUCUUAUGGGCCUAUGGAGGCCAUUGUUAUUCAAGCCACAUUCGUCUGCCAAUCAUUUCAUUCUUGAAUUCUACUUUUAUAGACUUUCCUCCCAUAAAAAUGAGGUCACAUAGAAUUUAUCUUUCUGUGCCUGGCUUAUAUCACUCAGUAUUAAUGUCUUCCCAGUUCGUUCAUGCUGUUACAAGUGACAGUGUCCUUCCUAAAGGAUAAACAGUAUUGGUCUGUUGUGUAUUUAUGAUGUAUUUUCUCAGUAUGUUCUAUUGUUAGCCAAUAGAUCUAUUCUAUGUCUGAGCUGUUGUAACUAAUAUGGCAGUGAACUAGGACCAGAUACAGCCUUUCAGCCUACCAAUUUAUACCUGUUAGAUUGCUGGAUCAUGAUAGUACUAUCCUCAAAGUUUUUCCCAACUCAAAUAUCUCUACUGUUUCCCACAGUGGCUAUAAUAAUUCACAUUCUCAAAGAUAAUAUACAAGAAUUUCCUUUUGAGGGGGCUGGAGAGAUGGCUCAGAGGUUAAGAGCACUGGCUGCUCUUCCAGAGGUCCUGAGUUCAAUUCCCAGCAACCACAUGGUGGCUCACAAUCAUCUGUACUGAGAUCUGGCGCCCUCCUCUGGUGUGCGGGCAUACA